AUCAACCCGCACCAACUAGCUAGCACGAACUGGAUUCCCAUGCUGCCCAAACACCGGCCCCUUUCCUCCAUGCAGUGACGUGCAGAGCCCCGGGUGCCUCCUGCGGGAACUCCCAGCCGGGCCGCGCCGCGCCGCAGAGGAGAGGAGAGGAGAGGAGAGCGGAGGCGAGCCGGGGCGGAGCGGGGGCCCCGCCGCGCCUGCUCCUUCCAUCCCGCAAGUCGGGGAAAGCUCUCCCCUCCGCACGCCCGCGGGCUGCCGGCGGCGGCAGCGGGCCGGGCCGGGCCAGGCCCAGCCCGGGGGCGGCCCCGCAGGAGGCGGCCGCGACAAAAGGGCUUCCCCGCGGGCAGCCGGCGCCGAGGCCGCCCCCGCCUCUGCGCGCCCCGGGGGAGCCGCCGGGCGCGGCGCCGACAUGGAGCCGGCCAGCGAGACCCACGAGCUCAACGGGCUGGCGGAGGGCGCGCAGCCGGCGGCCGCCGAGCGGAACAGAAUGUCACAGUGGUUUCAAAGAAAUGGACCUAUGAAUUUCAACCACUAUGCAAAUAAGAAGAGUGCUGCUGAGAGCAUGUUGGAUGUUGCCCUGCUGAUGGCCAAUGCAUCGCAGCUGAAAGCCGUGAUGGAGCAAGGACCUUCCUUUUCUUUCUACAUUCCGCUUAUCGUUCUUAUCAGCGUAUCGCUCACACUGCAAGUUGUAGUGGGAGUGCUCCUGAUAUUCCUUGUAAAAUAUGACCUUAACAACCCCGCAAAACACAGUAGGCUGGAUUUCCUCAACAACCUUGCAACUGGACUAGUAUUCAUUAUAGUAGUUGUGAAUAUUUUUAUCACCGCCUUUGGAGUGCAGAAGCCAGUGGCUGAGUCAGCUUCAAGACAGUAAGUACAAGAGAUCUGAAGUACUCAUUUUCCCAUGGAUGCCAUUUGCACUUGAGCCAGUUAUACUCGGACACAGUAAAAAAAAUCUGAAGGAGCUGGAUACAGAGCAGCUUUCUCAAGUUUCUGUCAACAGACACAUUUGUAUGCCUAGAACUUUCCAGUGUCUUAAUAUUUCAACCUUUAGGCAUCUAAGGAAUGGUUGAUUUUGACCCACUGACUUGACUUUUCUGGAUUCUGGCAUUCCAAUUUUUGUAUAAACUAAUAAUUUUUCAGAGAAGUGAUAUAAACUCAUCAAACAGGUAAAAAUCAACUGAUGGUAUCUACUUCACAGACUUCAAGACUUGCUAUUUUCUGUGCCUUUCAUUUCUGCAGCAAUUGGACAUUUCUAGUGUGGUAAGAAACUCCAGGCCCUCAGCUCUGGCACAGUCACGGUGUCCUUCAUUUCACUCGGUUGGCACCUAGCCUGUGGUAUUGCACAGCACAGCAGUGGUUUUCCUGCGCGCUGUGCCAAAAUAGCUCUGCUUUGUUCUCUCUCCCUCUCCCAGUUCCACUCUUCAACUAAAGCAAAGACAAGACAAAUGGAAACAGUAGACUAUCUUUUGUCCAGCUUUGCUCACAGAUAGUCAUUUGUUUUGCUGCUUUGUCUCUGGACCACCAUCGAAACUUCCCUGUCCUUCAUGCACAGACACAGAGGUAACCUCAGCGCUCAGUUUCUUACCCUUAUCUUCCGUGCAAUAUCCAUAGUGCUGGAAAGCCUGUUAAAAGCAUUGCCAUUUCUAAGCCCAGCUGGAAAACUAGAGGACACAGGGUGAACUUUACUUGCAAAACUGGCAUCAAGGGCUUGACAGCAAUUCACACAGCAAAUGGAAGAUUCAUCCCUCUGUAGCCUACUUUCUCCCCAACCCUCACUUCUGCAGCUGUCUUAUGCUCAAGAGUUUAUGGCUAAUAUCUUCAUUAAUUUAUAUCGAUACAGAGAUAUAGAUAUAUAGAUACCUUCAUAGAUUCUUCAGAGUCUUACCUGCUGGCUCAGGGACUGACACUUUCUCUAAAUACACUGUUGCAAGCAACAGUAUAUAUUACUGUUUAUUUCCAAACUAUCUGCUCUCAGAAAAAUCAUAGUUUUCUAGAACGUUCUUACUUGUAGAUACAAAUUUGUACUAAUACAUUUCCUUACUGUUAUUUUUUAAAUGCUUCUUCCUUGUACAUAUUUACACAAGUAUGCCUUCCACUGUGCAAGUUUCUCAUCUCAUUUACACUUUUUUGAUAACAUUGCUUUCCAUAUCUUCGUUUACAUAUAUCAUACAAGAAUAAUUAACAGAAAACAAAUUAGAAACUUGUGCAAUUAGUUAAAGCACAGGCCACAUUUUUGAAUUUUGUAUUUAACCUUUUGUUGCUUCAUUUCCAGCUUAACAUUUUUCAGUAUCUGACAAACAGUGGUUUUAAUUGCGUAUUGUACAGGUUUAAACAUAAUUCAGAACAGCUACUGAAUGAGAUAGUCAGGACAAGCUUCUCUCUCUCUCUCUCCUUCAUCUCCACAAACCAGUGAGCUGCUGACAGACUGUUCAUCCAUACUUGUGUUACAGCAGUUUCAGUGCUGCACUGCAGUGAAUUGCCUGGCCAAGGAGUAGUGCUGGAAACCUUAAGAUUUUCUCCCCUUUUCAAAAAUAGAUGACUGUAGGCAGAGCCCUUCCAAGCAUGAUAGUUAGGUGUGGCUCAGUGUCAGGCUAUGAUCUUGGUAAGAUCCUUGAAUAUACCACCUUUGUUAUGUCAGCUUUUUAUCCACUGGGAUUAUUUGCCCUGUCUGUACAUCUGACUCAGCCUGCAUUAGCUCUUUGGAGGCAUCUACCUCUCUCCUCUCACUCUACAGGGAAUUUAGUACCCAAGUUAGAUGCCCAAAGUGGUUGAUUUGUGUCAUCCUAAAUAGAUGACCCUUCAAAAAGGUAAUUUCUGAAAUGCUCUGCCUUUAACUUAGGCAUAAAUCAUAGUUUAUCAUUUUUUGUUUUGAUUUUUUGAGUUGAAUCAUUUUGGAUUGCUUGGGUAGCAGUUUUUAAAUAUUCUCUAUCACGUUGUCGGGUUUUUGUUUUGUUUUUAAAGCAAGAAAAAAUAGGGAAAGUGUUUCGGACUUAGUUAAUCCCCUAACUUUUUGACUUGUCCUUAAGGCAGAUGCAAAUAGGUAAGACAUACAGGCUCUACUGACUUUUAUCCUGUUUAUACUAGGUGGUGAUUUGGCCCAGUUUUGAAUAUAUCUUUCCGUUCCUAUGCUGCUUAUUGCCAUGGCCCUCCCUUAUCAGCAUGAUUAGGUUUGUCUUGCACCAAAGCACUUGCAAGCAGUCAGAUGGACUGUGGUACAGCAAUACCAGGCUGUACAGCAAUACAGACAUACCCUCCUGCUUCCCACGUAUCUCUGCUUUUCAUUAAUUCCAGACUUAGAAAUUCCCUCAUCUGUUUCACUUGUUUCUUCAUUUCUCUUCCAGUGCUUUGUACACCCUCCCUCAGUUCCUUUCCUACUUUACUCCCCUUGUUAUUAGACCAUAGUUUUUCAGGUCACUCAAGCGAACAAGCUGUUACAGUAGUUUUCUCCCCACCAAAAUAUAAUCAUUAUUCUUACGUUGUUGUCCAGCAGAAACUACCAAGGCUUGUGUGUUCCAUCUCCCAGUUACUUACGCUGUAGCAAAGGAAAAGAGCUCACUGGAUCCAGAAAGCCAGGCUAUGAAACAUUAACUAAGUAAUGACAUAUCUACUACAAACUCCAGUGGACUUUGUGAGACGUAGGUUUGGGGACAUACAGGAGGGAAAGAAACACGCUUAAGCUUGAACACAUUCUUGGGCGUCUAAAGCUGAAUACGUGGAUCUGCACUAAGGGGUAGGUGCCUGUUCCCUUGAAGUCCGUCAAAGCCUGGCUUAGGACGACAAAAGCUUGAAUCCCAUUUCCCUUCUGCCUCCUGAGCACCUGAAAGCGUGAUGGCAGUGUCACAGCUGCGAUACUCUUAAUUUCUGAAGACCUGGUUGCUUCUGUCGACACUAACCACACGAAAGCCUGAUCCUAAAGCCGUCCACCUGGCUAGGAGAAUGUACUGUGCAUUGGCAGUAUUCAACUCGCAUCUGAAUGUCUUUUUAAAAUAAAGAGAAUACUGAUUUAUUACAGUAUUUUUUUAUUGUGAUUAAAUAAGAUUUGCAAAACAUCUUCAGACAUGCAGUCUGUGUCUUAAGUCUCUGAAGCCUUCAGAGGUCAUGCAUUUUUUAUCAGACGAAAGCAUCUGCAAGUUGGUUCCUAGUAUAAAUAAUUUAAGCACAUGAUUAUUAUUCUUUUAAAGCAGGUGUUUUUUAAAGAAAUCCUAGUGAUUAUCUCCUAUGGGCAGCAAACAAAUGCAUCAUUUUUAAAUGGUUCUUUAGUUUUCCAUGCUUUUCCAGAGUUCUUGGUUCUAGGCAAACAUUUCACUUACAAACAAGUCAUCAAUAAUGAAGCAAGAUGAAUUUUUACUGGCUAUCUCAGGAGCUGGUUCAUACCAGGACAUCACUUCUGUUUUGUAAGCUGCUGUGCGGGGUAAUUAUACAUGUUGCUCUGGUUGUUUUUGUUAGUCCCUUCAGCAUCUAGGGCGGCCUUCAUUGAACUUUCAGUUUAGUUUUAUUUACUUAAGCAGAUGACAACAACUGUGUUUACUGAAACUGAUUUUUAAUGUAUGUCUUCUAAAACUGGUCACUAGCUGAAGUUAUUCUCCAGCUGAAUAUUACUAUAAAAUGGACUGAACUGAAAA